CACACAGAUUAUUUUCUUCAAUCAUGUGCGACGCUAGGGGACGUAGUGAGCGGGACGCAGCGUCUCAUCGGAUGAUGCAGUCCUGUGGCUACCUGCUAUCAUCGUUUUCCUGCCACCCCAGUGUUGAGUACACUGGUGGUCUAUCCAUCAUCAGAGGUUCUACUGAUGCCGACUCUGACCGUGGAGCCUUCAGGAAGACAGGUGUACACUGAGGACACAGUCACCUUGGCAUGUCAGUUACCUGGCCACUCUGGGCUGGGCUGGCAGUUCUACUGGCACAAAGACAGGCAGGACACUGGCCCUGUGGAGCAGAUGUGGGGCAGUGGUGGAGGUGGGGCGGUCUACCAACUGUGGCGUGCCUCAGUCACACACACAGGCCAGUACUGGUGCAGAGCAGGGAGAGGACAGCCAGUCUUCUACACCCAAUACAGCCAGGCAGUCUCUGUUAAUGUCAUUGAGCUCUUCAAAUCAGUGACUUUGUCAGCAUUUCCUUCGACCGUGGUCAAAGAGGGCGGGGCUUUCAACCUCACCUGUAAGGCCCAGUUUAGCAACUGCAAGCUGAGCCAACAUCAUGGUAACCACAGUCUACAUAGUCACCUUGAUCCUGACCGUAACUGGACCACAGUGGUUGUAACAUUCUCCUUCCUGAGGGACGGCUGGCCAGUGGCCAGGGACUCUGUCAGUGGGAUGUACAGCGUAGCGGGGGCUUCUAGGUGUCACAUGGGGACCUACAGCUGUGUGGCCAGAGCAGGCAGGGCCAGGAGGAGCAGUCCGGAGAUCAUCAUCACACUAGACAACCUGUCUCUGAUACUGCUCACCUGCUUUGGCACCUUCCUGAUCCUCUCCGUGGCUCCAUUGGCAUUUUUUGUGAGACUAUAUGCGAUGAGAUUAUGGCAGCUCAGAGGCAGAUGACAAGUAGAAUCGCAGUGCAAUGAGUGCAGUACAAUACAAGGACCAAAAUGGAGGACAGGUGAGACGUGCUGUGAGAACUCAUGUAGUUCACAUGGCUGUAUUAGUGCACAGGUGUAGGAUCUUAAUUUGAUCACCCUGUUGCAUGUUUUUUUACUCAAAAGAUUAAAACAGAUGUUUUAUUGUAAUCUUGCAGAUGUAUCUGGACCCAGCUGACUUGAGAAACUUUCUAUCAUUUAUUACAAAAUUGGAGUGUAGAAUAAUAAACAUAAUUAUUUGAAGAAUUUUGACCAAAAAAUGUUUUUGUUUUAUUUUCACCACACCCAAAUAAUACAUUGAUUCAACACUGCAACAUGCCUGUAUUGUCAAAUAGAGCCAACUCUUUUUUCAUAACAGGUUCCAUAUUUUGUAAAGAAAUAACUGCCUACCACCAGUUGAUUAAAAGUGAGUGUCAGUGAAUCUCAACAGUGUAAGGCAAGCUAUAGUAUGUUUGCCCCUAUGUUCCAUUUAUUGGUGAAUUGUUAGACCUAAAGGAUUGUAUGAUGAAUGAGCCAAGAUCCUUUGAAUUGCAUUCUGUCUCCAUAUAAACUCACAAAAAAAGAAACGUCCCUUUUUCAGGACCCUGUCUUUCAAAGAUAAUUCGUAAAAUCCAAAUAACUUCACAGAUCUUCAUGAUAAAGGGUUUAAACACUGUUUCCCAUGCUUGCUCGAUGAACCAUAAACAAUUAAUGAACAUGCACCUGUGGAACGGUUGUUAAGACGCUAACAGCUUACAGACGGUAGGCAAUUAAGGUCACAGUUAUGAAAACUUAGGACACUAAAGAGGCCUUUCUACUGACUCUGAAAAACACCAAAAGAAAGAUAGGACAGACAGCUGAUUGUCCUCACAGUGGCAGACCACGUGUAACAACACCUGCACAGGAUCGGUACAUUCAAACUUCACACCUGUGGGACAGGUACAGGAUGGCAACAACAACUGCCCGAGUUACACUAGGAACACACAAUCCCUCCAUCAGUGCUCAGACUGUCCGCAAUAGGCUGAGAGAGGCUGGACUGAGGGCUUGUAGUAGGCCUGUUGUACGGCAGGUCCUCACCAGACAUCACCGGCAACAACGUCUCCUAUGGGCACAAGCCCACCGUCGUUGGACCAGACAGGACUGGCAAAAAGUGCUCUUCACUGAUGAGUCACAGUUUUGUCUCACCAGGAGUGAUGUUCGGAUCCGUGUUUAUCGUGGAAGGAAUGAGCGUUACACCGAGGCCUGUACUCUGGAGCGGGAUCGAUUUGGAGGUGGAGAGUCCGUCAUGGUCUGGGGCGGUGUGUCACAGCAUCAUCGGACUGAGCUUGUUGUCAUUGCAGGCCAUCUCAACGCUGUGUAUUACAGGGAAGACAUCCUCCUCCCUCAUGUGGUACCCUUCCUGCAGGCUCAUCCUGACGUGACCCUCCAGCAUGACAAUUCCACCAGCCAUACUGCUCGUUCUGUGCGUGAUUUCCUGCAAGACAGGAAUGUCAGUGUUCUGCAAUGGCCAGCAAAGAGCCCGGAUCUCAAUCCCAUUGAGCACGUCUGGGUCCGGUUGGAUCGGAGGGUGAGGGCUAGGGCCAUUCCCCCCAGAAAUGUCCGGGAACUUGCAGGUGCCUUGGUGGAAGAGUGGGGUAACAUCUCACAGCAAGAACUGGCAAAUCUGGUGCAGUCCAUGAGGAGGAGAUGCACUGCAGUAGUUAAUGCUGCUGGUGGCCACACCAGAUACUGACUGUUACUUUUGAUUUUGACCACCCCUUUGUUCAGGGGCACAUUAUUCAAUUUCUGUUAGUCACAUGUCUGUGGUACUUGUUCAGUGUA